AUGGACAAGUCAAUCAAGACUUGUGAGAGGUGCGGUGGACCGACAGGCACCAACGUUGUCCUCUGCAUACUAUGCGUGGAACGCAUUUGCGCCGGCCCUCUUUGCGCCGGCCCUCCCACAGGUUCAAUGCCUCCGAAGACCGGCAAAAGCAGUUUCAGAGGCGCAUAUGACCCUUUCCCGACAGCUUCUGGGUCUGGUUAUAGCCAUGAGCCCGACCCAGACCCCAUAACACCACCCGAUAUAGCGGCAAGUAAAGGCCCCAAAGCCUGCACGAUAUGCAAUACACCGCUCGAACACGAUACGUACGACUAUUGUACCACGUGCGCCCAGCUUCUUAAAGAUACCGCCGAGCCGAAUUUUGAGCCACAAACGACCGGUGAAAGCAGCGCCAGUGGCGCACGUCGAACUACAAUUGGCGGAGGCAGUUCCUAUGAUGGAUAUAAUGCUUAUCAGACCGGUUCUAGCUCUACUGCCAGCCGCCCGACGAGUUUUCCGCCGCGAAUGACUGACUCCAGAAGUACUGGAAAUGCAUAUAGAACUGAUGCGGAACUGAUGCCGCCUCCACCUCUGCCUGUGCCCCGCGGGCCUGGCGGCUCUCGCCCAGACGCAGCCUCCAGCAUUGGCUCAUGGGCCCUACUGACAGCUGAAGAUCAUGCCCUGAUCGCCAGGGGUCAGACGCCCGAGCAUAGAGCCGAUGUAGAAAGCGUCAUCAGAAAUAUCAAGGAGAUCGAGGAAAAUGUACGUCGCAGUCAAGCUCGUCGCGAAGCGAGAGAAGCCGAAGACGAAGACGAGGACUGA